CGGACCGAGGCACUCCGCAGUUGCCAAAUACCCGUGUGGCGUUGUACUACGAUUGUCGUCCGCCGCCACAGGUCGUCCCGCCCGAGAAGAUAACUUGGUAAUAUUUUUUAUUAUUUCGGUUUUUACCGUUUCGACUGUUCGAAUGCUGGAAGUUCCGCGAAUUGUUUCGUUCAAGAUGAGUUAAGGCAUACGCUCGUUUGGGCGCAUUUCACAUCGUCGCGGACGCCGUAAACAUCGUUCUUCCCCCGUACACUCGCCAUAUCGUCAACCUCCAAUUCUAUCGAAUGCAACAGUUCAACGGUAGUAAAGCGAUUGAAUGCAAUAUUAUCCUACGAAAAUAAUGACGACAAAACGCGGUGAUGCUGGGAAAUUGGAAAGCAGCAGGGCGAUGAUAGUAAAUGUUUGGCGGUGAAACGUCAAAGUGGUAGUGUUCUGUUUUGCCGAUGUGGAUGCAGGGCGCGGAUCGAGUUGCAACAAUCAUGUACGACUUUCGGCUAUCGUUGUUGGUGACGAAUGCGAUAAUCAUCGUUACGACGGUUGACGGAACGAUCGACGGCGAAUUGUCCGCAGCCGAAAAAUCGUUACAGUUCGAAGCGGCGUUUCAAGGACGUUGUGGUCACGACAGUCCAUGUCAACAACUAUGCUACGAACUUCAUGAUGGCAUGUUUGAAUGUGAUUGUAAAUCAGGUUUUUCAUUACACGAAGAUGGUUAUAGUUGUAUUAAAAACGAUUCGGUAACAGAUAAAAUCAAUGAAUUUGAAAGAGAUAUUGGUCUAACGUUUGUCGAUUCUAAUGAAAUCGAUUCUGAAGACAGCGUUCGAUUUGUCAAGCACUUAGACCUACAAACUACCACUUCUACAAGUUCACCGGCUUUAUGCGAGCGAAAGUGUGGCGAUGGCGCAUGUACAUUCGACAGCCGAGGUAAACAGACUUGUCGAUGUCCAUUCAGUAAAACUGGAUCCAACUGUCAGAUAACUAAUCCAAUUAGAUACCCAAGAUUCAACGGGCGUAGUUGGUUGGCAUUCCCACCGCUUCGGGGAGCCUACAAACACGUACAAAUAAGUUUAGAAUUUCGGCCAGAGAGUUGGGACGGUAUAUUGUUUUUAGCUGCUGAAAGAGAUGAUUUAGUUGGAGAUUUCAUGGCUAUUUUACUUCACAAUGGCUUUUUGGAAUUUCGAUUCGAUUGUGGAUCUGGCUUGGGAGUAGUUAAAUCUGAAGAAACUGUAGUUCUAAAUCAAUGGAACACACUAUCCGUAUACAGACACAGGUGGGAUGCGUGGAUUCAAUUAAACCGUGGAAAACGUAUUUCUGGAAGAUCAAAAGGCUUAUUCUCGCGAAUCACGUUUCGAGAGCCCGUCUUUAUUGGUGGUCGCGGGAAUACGUCUGGGUUGGCUGAACGCUUCCCAACAGACCGUGGAUUUGUCGGUUGCGUUCGACUGUUACAAGCCAAUGAUCAUAGAUACGACUUUGGGGAAACACCUGCUGGUGAUACGGUCAAAUCCCAAGGAGUUGAGGAAUGCUCUACAGAUAAAUGCACACGAUCUCCUUGUCAACAUGGUGGCAAGUGUGUAACGACAUCUAACUCGUCUCUUUGUCUAUGUCCACUUGGUUAUACAGGGGAUUUAUGUGAAACAAAACUGGACUUACAGGUUCCUUCAUUUAACGGAUCCAGUUAUCUGAGGCAUCCUGCUCUGGUUGAUUCAGCUCUAUCGUGGUUAGAUUUGGACAUUGUUUUUAAAACCCAGUCUACGGACGGGCUGAUACUUUAUGAAGGAUACCAAAAGUAUGGCUCAGCUGAUUUUAUAAGUGUGUAUAUGAUCGAUGGCCACGUUGAGUUUACAUUUGAUUUAGGCACAGGCACAGCAUCGUUGAGGAGUCCGUGGGCAGUUUCUUUGGACGAAUGGCAUCGAUUAUGGAUAUCGCGAACAGGAAAACUAGCAGUUAUGCGUGUAGACAAUCAACCAGAAAUUCAAAUAAUGUCGCCGGGAGCGUUCACACAGCUGUCAUUACCGUUGAGUAUGUAUAUUGGAGGUGUACCUGACUUCGAUACUGUGCCGAUACAAAUCAAAGUUCGAACAUCAUUCAAAGGGUGUAUACAAAAAAUAACGAUCAACGAGAAACCAUUGGAAAUAGUACGAGGCGCGCUGUCCGGUGCGAACGUGGCCAACUGUCCUCACCCGUGCGUGGCCAAGCCGUGCGGCGACGGCGUCCAAUGCAUACCGAUCUUCGACAAGUACAAGUGCGUGUGUGACAAACACUGUAACUCGUCCGACGGCGAUCAAGUGUCGUUCGACGGAACGUCAUUCGUGCAUUACAUAGGACACGAAGUACACAAAAGGAUCACUGAUGGACAUUUGGAUAUCAAUAUGCGAUUCCGGACCACUGCACUGAGCGGACUUAUACUCUGGACCGGACGGACGGACAGGUCGGCUGACUAUUUAGCUUUAGGAUUACAAGAUGGCCGUAUUGAAGUGACUUACGAUUUAGGAAGUGGUGACACAGUGCUUAGAUACAAUACCACUGGACUACCUAUAAACGACGGACAUUGGCACAGGAUGAGAUUUACAAGGGAUGAAAGAUUAAGUGCUUUGACUAUAGACAAUGGUACAAAAAUGAUCACAAUUUCCAACGGUCGACUAAAGCAGCUCAAUACAAAUACAGGACUGUAUUUAGGUGGUACCGAAGACGUGGAAAAAUCUACGGGAAAAAGGUACCGGAAAGGUUUCGUUGGUUGCAUUUCAGACUUUAUCCUGAACACAGACUACCAAGUUAAACUAUCGUGGUCCACCGGUACAGAACACGUUUGCAUAUCAUAGAGUGUUGAACGACGUACAGUAUUUAUCUCCUUCGGCACUUGUGCGCUUACCUUGAGCUUAACCGUAUAAAAAUGAAACCGAACAUUUACAAAAACUCAGGUUUCUGAUAACUUAAAAAAAAUAUUUACUUAUGUGUUUUCUUAACGUUUGAUAUCUAGUCUAAUUUAGUUAAAAGCUAUUCUUGUUUUAGAUUAUUAUUAUUAUUAUUAUUGUUAUUGUAACUUACGAUCAAUUGAGAGUCAACUAACUAGUUUCAAAAGCAGCCGAAUGUUCAAUAUUAAAAUUUACACACACACACACACACACACACACAUAUAUAUAUGUAUGUAAAUUAUCUCGAAUUAUUUGAAAAACUUUGAACAACUUAGGUAUUAUAUAUACAUAUAUAUAUAAUGUCUCGUAUGAUGAUUGUACCUUAAUACGUAGUUGUUUUAAAAAGGAAUUUUAAGAUUAUUAUUCGAACGCUCUUUCCCAUAUUCUAUACACUUUUAUCCACACUUCAAACAUUAUUAUUGUAUAUAAUAAAUUACUUAACCAGCUGAAAUACAAAAAUAUUUCCGAAUAAGAAUAAAAUAUUGUAGAACAUAGAUUUUUUCGGCAGAAGAAAUUUACCGUCUAUACGAACAACG